CCCCAUACCUCUGUGAUUGCAGCAUGACAUCAUACUUAAGCUGCCUAGUUCCCUAUGAUGUCAUAUGUAGGGUGUUCAUCUGAGCCACAUUGUUCAUACUGCCUAGACAUACUAGGACAUGUGGUUGCUUCCCAGGAAACUUCACUUGGAGGGUGUUUAAUAGCAACUGGCCCAUUGGCAGACGGAGAGAAUGGCCACCAACAAGUCCAACCCUGACCCUGCCUUUUGGUCCAGCCCUCAACCCAAGCGUGGAAAGUCUCAUGACACAGCCCUGAGUAGCUUGCCCCUCCGGUUCUUCAGCAUCAAACUCCACCUGGUUGAAACUAGCGAGACUUUCCCGUUGUCUGGGUGCUACCAAGGCUUGACUGUGAGGAAGCUGAAGCACCACCUGGAGCUGCUGACUGGUGUCCCCCUGCAUUUCCAGCGUCUUCAGUAUCUGGAUGAAGUAGAUCUGCCAGAUGAGUCUACAUUUAAGUACAAUGACAUUGUCCCUGGCGGAACAAUUAGGAUAAGCAUCUGGCGACAAGAUGACUGGGGGCUUCUUGUGGCAGCAGCUGCUGAAGGAGAUCUUGCCCAGCUAAUAGGUUUAGGAGUUGUAAAAGGCUCAGAGAGCAGCACUCCAAAUUCACAGUUAAUGGGACCAGCAGAGAGAAAGGAAUGGAUCGCGCAUCGAGCAUUUGUGGCAUUAUAUAUUACCAGCCACAGAGGUCAUAUUGAUGCUAUACAAUUUCUCCUGCAAAAUGGGGCAAAUUUGCAUUCUAAAACACCGCUGGGAAGGACAGCUCUUCACGCAGCCACCGUCAUGGGCCGAUGUGACUGCAUUGACCUGCUCCUCAGCUGGGGGGCACUACCCUUUGCCCCAGACAACGAGGGACAGACAGCGAUGAGCCUAGCUCGCCUCUGGGGCCAGAAGCAGAGCGAACGCAGACUGUUCCAUUUCCAGUGGCAGCAGAGAUCAACGGGCACCGUGCCACCCUCCCCAAGUCAGAGCUUACAUUAGAAGUUGGAUUCCAGGACAAAGAGGUCUCAGUCACGUGCUGAAAUACACCCUGGGUGGUCAGGUGAUACAAGACUAAAGUGGCAUCCAGGGGGCCACCACCACUUUGGAUUUGCUUUCUGCAGGUUUCCUUUUUCCAACAGGAGCCUGCAAAACCCAGUGCUCUGUGUGAGGAAUGUCUGACUUUCAAAGAGGUACCAUUAUAAACCUUGCUGCACUGAGACGAACAGAUACCCUGAAGUAAUGUUCAA